GGCGAUGGCGAACGUGGCGACGCGGGUGUCGUGGUCUGGCCGGGAGGGAGAGGCCGAGGGUCGGGGCGAGACCACGCCGCUGCUGAACGGCACGGGCGGGCAGCUGAGCCCUUCUCCGUCUUCCUCGCGAGUUGGGCGCCUGAGCACCGUGGAUCUUGGGGACCAGGAGAUCAGGGAAACGGAGGCCCCUCGGUCCCUCCCCAGCGAGAUUCCACACAGCAACAAGCUUCUCUCCCUCAAGUACGAAAGCUUGGACUAUGACAACUGUGAGAACCAGCUCUUCUUGGAGGAGGAGAAGAGAAUAAACCACACGGCAUUCCGAACGGUGGAAAUUCAGCGCUGGUUCAUCUGUGCCAUGAUCGGCAUCCUGACCGGCCUGGUCGCCUGCUUCAUUGACAUCAUGGUCGAGACCUUAGCAGGGCUGAAGUACAAGCUGGUGAAGGGCAAUAUUGACAGAUUCACAGAGACGGGGCGCCUGUCCUUCUCUCUGCUCCUCUGGGCCAUGGUGAACGCAGGCUUUGUGAUGGCCGGAUCCAUCCUUGUCGCCUUUCUGGAGCCUGUGGCCGCCGGCAGCGGAAUCCCUCAGAUCAAGUGCUACCUGAACGGAGUCAAGAUCCCCCACGUGGUUCGGCUGAAGACCCUGAUGGUGAAAGUCUGCGGCGUGAUCUUCUCCGUGGUUGGAGGCCUGGCAGUGGGGAAGGAAGGGCCAAUGAUCCACUCGGGGGCCGUCAUCGCAGCUGGGAUUUCUCAAGGGCGCUCCACUUCCUUGAAGAGGGACUUCAGGAUCUUUGAGUAUUUCCGGAGAGAUACGGAGAAGCGGGAUUUUGUCUCGGCUGGAGCCGCUGCCGGCGUCUCGGCUGCCUUUGGGGCCCCUGUUGGCGGGGUCCUCUUCAGCUUGGAAGAAGGCGCUUCCUUUUGGAACCAAUUCCUGACCUGGCGGAUUUUCUUUGCCUCCAUGAUCUCCACCUUCACCCUCAACUCCAUCCUCAGCGUCUACAAGGGAAACCCCCUGGACCUCUCCAGCCCCGGCCUCAUCAACUUUGGCAGAUUCGAUUCCGAGAAAAUGGGGUACACGUUCCAAGAAAUCCCCAUCUUCAUCUUCAUUGGUGUGCUGGGGGGAAUCCUUGGCGCCAUGUUCAAUGCUCUGAACUACUGGCUGACGAUGUUCCGGAUCAGGUACAUCCACCGCCCCUGCCUGCAGGUGAUCGAGGCCGUGCUGGUGGGGGCUGUGACGGCCGCGAUUGCCUUUGUCCUCAUCUACAGUUCCACUGACUGCCAGCCUCUCCAGGACAACAGCAUGGCCUACCCACUGCAGCUCUUCUGCCCUGAUGGGCAGUACAACUCCAUGGCGGCUGCCUUCUUCAACACCCCCGAGAAGAGCGUGGUCCGCCUCUUCCACGACCCUCCAGGCACCUAUGACCCCAUGACCCUGGGCCUCUUCACCCUGGUCUACUUCUUCCUGGCCUGCUGGACCUACGGGCUGACGGUGUCCGCGGGCGUCUUCAUCCCUUCCCUGCUGAUCGGGGCUGCCUGGGGCCGCCUCUUUGGCAUUUCCUUGUCCUACAUCCCCAACGGUUUGAUCAGGCCCGACCCAGGGAAGUAUGCGCUGAUGGGGGCCGCAGCACAGCUGGGGGGCAUCGUGAGGAUGACGCUGAGCUUGACCGUCAUCAUGAUGGAGGCCACGGGCAACGUCACCUACGGGUUCCCCAUCAUGCUGGUCCUGAUGACGGCCAAGAUCGUGGGGGACUUCUUUGCGGAGGGCUUGUAUGAUAUGCACAUCCAGCUCCAGAGCGUCCCCUUCCUGCACUGGGAGGCCCCCGUCACUUCUCACUCCUUCACUGCCACCCAGGUGAUGAGCACCCCGGUCACCUGCCUGCGGCAGAGCGAGAAAGUGGGGACCGUUGUGGAUAUCCUCAGCGACGCGGCUUCCAAUCACAACGGCUUCCCUGUGGUGGAGAGCAGCCCUGGCAGCAACCAGACAAUGGGCUUGCGGGGGCUGAUCCUGCGCUCCCAGCUGAUUGUGCUCCUGAAGCACAAGGUCUUUGUGGAGCGGGCCAGCCUGUCUCUGCGGCAGCGGCACCUGAAGCUGAAGGACUUCCGGGACGCCUACCCCCGCUUCCCCCCCAUCCAGUCCAUCCACGUCUCCCAGGACGAGCGCGAGUGCAUGAUGGACCUGACCGAGUUCAUGAACCCCUCGCCCUACGCGGUGCCACAGGAGGCCUCCCUUACGAGGGUCUUCAAGCUCUUCCGAGCCCUGGGCUUGCGCCACCUGGUGGUGGUGGACAACCUGAACCAGGUGGUGGGGCUGGUCACUCGGAAGGACUUGGCCCGCUAUCGGCUGGGGAAGAAGGGCAUCGAGGAGAUUCCCACGGCCAAGACGUGACUUUGCUGGGCUGCUCAGGACGUGCGUGGUGCGCUGGAGCCCUCCGGCACGGAGGAGGCACCCCCGGCUGCACCCGCCUCUCCACG